UGAGCUGACCAGUGGUUAUUGCCUGGAAACGCUACUGUAGAACCCAUAGAAAUCCAAAGGAAAGCUUCUAGUGAGCCUAUAAAAAUCCAUUUGGGAAACUUCUGGUGAUCGCAUAGAAAUCCAAUGGGGAAGCUUCAGGUAAACCCAUAGAGAUCCAAUGGAGAAGCUUCCAAUGAGCCCAUAGAAAUCCAAUGGGGAAGCUACAGUGAGUCCAUGUAAAACAAUAGAGAAGCUACCAUUCAGCCCAUAGAAAACAAUGGAGUAACUACCUGUGAGAUCAUAGAAAUCAACAGAGAUGCUACCAUGAGCCCAUAGAAAGCGAUAGAGAAGCCACUGCCAUAGAUCCUUAAUCUUCAAUGAAGUCGUGCCAGUAGAGCUCCCUGGCUGUCAACUAGUGAAAGGGAUGGAGGUUGGUUCUGAAGAUAUCGAUGUUCUUCCUAAUGGUUUAGCCUUUAUAAGUACAGGCCUGAAGUUUCCUAACGUAAAGAGCUUUGCACCUGACAAACCUGGAGAGAUAGUACUUUUAGACCUGGAAGAUGGCAACCUCAGUCCCUCCCCUCUGCGCAUCAGAGAAGGGUUUAAUGUGUCUUCCUUUAACCCUCGUGGGCUGAGCACAUACAUCGAUGAGAAGGAUGGUACAGUCUAUCUCUUUGUGGAGAAUCAUCUGCAUUCACAAUCCAUUAUUGAGAUAUUCAAAUUUCAAGAGGAGGAACGUUCUCUUCUUCAUUUGAAAUCAGUCAAACAUGAACUUCUCCCCAGCGUUAAUGAUAUAGUUGCUGUUGGGCCUGAGAGCUUCUACGCCACCAUUGAUUUUUACUUUUCCAAUGACCACAUGAAAAUGGUGGAAUUGUAUUUUGGAUUUCCAUGGACGGGUGUUGUGUAUUACAGCCCUGGUGAUGUCCGACAAGUGGCCACAGGACUUAACAAUGGCAAUGGAAUUACUAUUUCUAAUGACAAAAAAUACAUCUACGCUGCUGAUUUUACAGGUCAUACAAUUAAUGUCUUUAAAAAGAAUGAAGAUUGGUCUCUCACCCCAGUAAAGGUGGUGGAUGUAAAUAGCCUUGUGGAUAACCUGUCAGUGGAUCCAGUGACCGGGGAUAUCUGGACAGGAGCUCAUCCAAACCUAUACAAAGUCUUAAACUACAAUCCGGACAAUCCUCCAGGUUCAGAGGUGAUCCGUGUACAGAAUAUUCACUCGGAUAACCCCAUUAUCACCAGAGUCUAUGCGAACAAUGGGUCAGUGAUCCAGGGGUCAUCCUGUGCCUCCGUGUACAAGGGGCAGCUACUGGUGGGUACAGUAUUCCAUCGAGCCCUGCACUGCCCGCUGAAGUGACGCUUCCUAUAAACCUGGAUACUAAUGUUCAGAAUGUUUUACAAACCAAAAUAAAUUCUCCUUUUA